AUGGAUACAAGCUUAACUUCCGCCCAAGUCCGUGAGAUGUUUUUUGAUUACUUCAAGAAGCACAAAACACUCGACCAUAAAUAUGUUCACUCGUCAUCUACAAUCCCCAUGGACGAUCCCACGCUUCUCUUUGCCAAUGCUGGUAUGAAUCAGUUCAAACCAAUAUUCCUCGGCACAGUUGAUCCAAAUAGCGACAUGGGAAAGCUGAAGCGUGCGGUUAAUUCGCAGAAGUGUAUUCGUGCCGGGGGAAAGCAUAACGAUCUUGAUGAUGUAGGCAAGGAUGUGUACCAUCAUACAUUCUUUGAAAUGUUGGGCAACUGGUCAUUCGGUGAUUUCUUCAAGAAAGAAGCUUGUGCAAUGGCCUGGGACCUGAUGACCAAUGUCUAUAAGCUGGAGAAGGACAGACUCUACGUCACAUAUUUUGGCGGUUUUGAAGAGGCAGGCCUAGAGCCUGACCUAGAGUGUCGGCAGAUCUGGAUAGACCUAGGAAUCUCUGAAGACCGAGUUCUCCCAUUCGGAAUGAAAGACAAUUUCUGGGAGAUGGGUGACACCGGGCCAUGCGGACCAUGUACCGAGAUUCAUUAUGACCGCAUUGGCGGACGAGAUGCAAAGCACCUGGUGAACCUGGAUGACCCGGAUGUACUUGAGUUAUGGAAUCUUGUGUUCAUCCAAUUUAACAGGGAGAGUGCAACUGUCUUAAAGCCUCUACCUGAAAAAUCUGUAGACACAGGGAUGGGGUUAGAAAGAAUUGCAUCAGUGAUCCAAGGCAAGACCUCAAACUAUGACACCGACCUUUUUACCCCAAUUUUUGAUGCCAUUCAGAAUGCUACAGGUGCCAGAGCUUAUACUGGCAAAGUAGGAAAAGAGGACACGGAUGGAGUGGACAUGGCGUACCGUGUAAUUGCUGACCAUGCGAGGACCUUGACCAUUGCUUUUUCAGACGGUGGCAGACCAGAUAAUGUUGGAAGAGGCUAUGUGUUGAAGAGGAUCCUAAGACGAGGCGUAAGGUACAUCACAGAGAAGCUUGGUGGCGCUCCAGGGAAGUUUGCAACGCUUAUCCCAGUUGUCGUUCAAGUCUUGGGUGAUGCAUUUCCAGAGGUCAGGAAAGACCCACAGAUGGUGAUGGAUAUAAUCAACGAUGAAGAAGCACAGUUCUUAAAGACUCUAAACAGAGGUCGGAAAGUUUUGGAACGUACCAUUAAUAAAUUAGGGGAUUCCUCAAAAGUAUUUCCAGGCAAAGCUGCUUGGCUAUUGUAUGACACAUAUGGCUUCCCGGUGGAUUUGACAGAACUUAUGGUGGAAGAGAAAGGAAUGUCCAUAGACCAUGAGGAAUAUGACGUGGAGAAGAAAGCAGCUCAGUUGAAAUCACAAGGAAAGGGAUCAGGAGUAGACGACACCAUUAGUCUAGACGUAUACGCCAUCAAUGAACUGAAGGAGAAGAGGAAAGUGCCCCCAACUAAUGAUCUACUUAAGUACAACUACACAAGCAAUAAUGGAGUGUACAAUUUUGAGUCUGCGGUUGGAACCGUAAUAGCAAUUAGGAAAGACAAGCAAUUUGUUGAGAAGGUUGAGAAUGGUGAUGAGUGUGGGAUCCUCCUGGACCAAACCUGUUUCUACGCAGAGCAAGGAGGGCAGAUCUAUGACGAAGGAUUCAUGGAGAAAGAAGGCAACAUUAAUGUUGAAUUUCGUGUAACAAAUGUCCAAGUGAAAGGUGGUUACGUGCUUCAUGUUGGCAAAGUGUCUGCAGUGGACAGCGAAGGGAUCAAGGUCGGAGAUGAAUUCAAACUUGUAAUUGAUGAGUUGCGUCGAAGACCAGUCAUGAGCAACCAUACUGCUACGCAUGUCGUGAACUUUGCCCUCAGGAAGGUGCUUGGUGAGGCAGAUCAGAGAGGUUCGCUUGUUGCACCUGAUCGACUACGAUUUGAUUUCUCUGCUAAGGGCGCCAUGACAACUGCUCAGAUAAAAGAAGCUGAAGAAAUUGCAAAUGAAAUUAUAAAGAAGAGCGAGACUGUGUAUGAUAAGAAUGUUCCACUUGCUCUUGCAAAAGCCAUUCAAGGCCUCAGAGCUGUGUUUGAUGAGGUUUAUCCAGAUCCCGUACGUGUUCUUUCAAUUGGAAUUCCCAUCGAGACCCUUGUGGAGGAUCCGGACAAUCCGGCUGGAACUCUCACCUCCGUUGAGUUCUGUGGUGGAACCCAUGUAAAGAAUUCUGGAGAUAUUGGUCAAUUUGUUAUCUCCAGCGAAGAAGCUAUCGCCAAGGGUAUUCGGAGAAUCGUGGCGGUGACUGGCGAAGAUGGCGAAAAGGCUGUUAAACGUGCUGCUGCCAUCAACUCGCAAAUUUCACAACUUUCCACAACAAUCUCGGAAAAUGAAAAGACAGGUGCUUUCUCAAAGAAGGAGCUCACCAAACAAAUUGUUGAUAUUGGAAAUGAUUUAAAUGUUGCUACCAUCUCCCAGUGGAGUAAGGAUGAGAUGAGGCAGAGACUAUCUGAUCUGAAGAAGAUUUUGGAUGAUCUUGAUAAAGCAAGGAAGGCAGCUCUUAUUCAAAAGGGUAAAGAAGCUGCUAAGCUGUUAGUAGAAGAUUCAAAGGAUAAACCUUACUUGGUAGUCCAGCUCGACGUCGAAGCUAACAACAAAGCUCUAGAUGGCGCUCUUAAGGAAUAUCAGAAGGGGGCUAAGGAUACCCCAGCAAUGUUUGUUAGUGUUGACAAGGAGAACAGCAAAAUACUAUGCCUUGCCCAGGUCCCAAAGAGUGUGGUCAGCAAAGGCCUAAAAGCCAGCGAGUGGGUAAAACACGUGUCUGACGUAAUGGGAGGGAAAGGUGGCGGAAAGGAUGCCUCCGCUCAAGCUGUCGGUGACAAGAUUGAUGCCGUAGAGCAGGUUGUACAAAUGGCUAUAGAAUUUGCGAAACUGAAGCUAGAAAAUUGAUGACAAGUUAAUAGGAUACUGUUCAUACACAGUGAUUAGGCAAUGACAGCUAAAAUAAGAUGUUAUUAUUUUAAUUAUUAUUUGCUAUUAUUUAUAUAUUUUUGUUUUGUUUUUUUGUUCACAAAAGAUGGCACAAGUGAUAAGCACUGUAUAUUUAAAUAUGUCGUUUUUAUAGACAUAAUAAAUAUAAUUUAUUAUUUUCAUCUCUUCUGAACUGGUUUCUUAUAUACAGUAUAAGUAACCCCUUACCUUGAGUGGCUUCAUUAGCCUUGAUUAGGGUGAUAAAUACAAAAUAAUUAUGAUAAUAUUACAGUAGGUAAUUCCAUGGAUAAAAGAAUAAGGGAGGUACAUUUGAGAUAUUAUUAUCGUUAUUCCUUUAUUAUUUUAUGAUUUAUAAAAGUGAAAUAUCCAUAUCACGUCUUAUUCUUAUAUAGUGUCUGGUACACAUUUCAUAUCUCAAUCUGGAAAAAAAAUUCGUCAAUUUUAUUUAUGAAUUUAUAGUGGGUCAAAACCAUUAAUCAUGUUUAGUAUAGAUUAUUAAAUACUAUGGAACAUUCAAAUGAAGAAUUAAAUUUCUUUUUUUCUAAUAAAUAUUUUUUCUUAUGUUAAGUUUGCCAAUUUAAUGGUACAGUACAAUGUAAAAUAUGUAUAUUCUGUUUAGAUUUUUAUUUUGGUUUGUCAGUCUAUUGAUUCAGUGGGUCUUUUUGAGUGAUGAUAAUUAUGCAAAAUCAUUCAAUCUUAAAUGGACCAAUCAUGCAGCUAAUACGAAACAUAAAGAGGGCAGCAUUUGGCUUGGAUGAAUCUGCUACAGUAGCCCGCUGGUGAUUGGUCAAACGUUCAUUUGUGGAUGUAUUAUGUAUUCCGUAUUUAAAACUAUAACGUGAAAGAAUUUGUUCGAAUUAUUAAAUUUAUUAAACUUUGCAGAAAAUCAAACAUUAAACACUGAAUAGUGGAUGUUGAUUAUAUAAUGUUACAUAAUGUGAAAUACAGCAUGAAAAACAAUCAUUGUGAAUGAUAUGAUUUGCAUAUUUCAAUUUAAGAAUUUGAUAAUUAAUUUUGAUUAUAUAUAGGAGCACUAUAAGCAUGGACAUGCACAGAUCAUUAUGUAGUAAUAUUUAUCUAAUGUCUCAAUUGGACUAGUUUAUACGUAUGCUUGACAUAAUUGAAAAUAAAAAUGUCAUGGUCGUAUUUCCA